GUUCCUUAGUAGAUAUAUCUUCUUCUUCUUCUGUUUUUGGAAGUUAAAGGGUGGAUGCUUAAACCGUAUGAUGUGGUGUGAAUGCUUCUACUACUGAAAUAAUAAUAAUAACCAAUUUAAACUAACGAUAGUUUGACUAACUGACUGAUUGACUAACUAACUGACAAACACUGACGAUUAGACUUAGCGAUUAGUUACUUAGUUAGUUAGUUGGUUAGUUAGCUAGUUGGCUGGCUGGUGUUUAGUUCGUUGUUGGCUGUUGUUGGUCAACUGAUUUUUACUGACUGGUUGAUAAGUUCACCUACUGUCAAAUGAUGAUUGUAUAAACACCGACUGACUGAUUCGAAUUAACUUAUCAUCAGCUGUUUAUUUACUUAUAUAUCUAAUGUCAUUUGGCAAUCUUACUAAACUUAACACUUAUGGAUAAUAAUAACAAUAAUGCUAACAAUAAAAUUACAGAUGCGAAUCUAGUGACGGGUAUGCGCAUAUACGGAAAUAUAUGCACACACAAUUUAGACAAUUAUCAAAGGAAUUACUUCACAUAACAUAUUGACAUUUUCUAUCAUCCUGAAGUGUUUGUUAUACAUCUCCUAUAUCUCCUAUACUUUUAUUAUUUUUCAUACACACUACUUAUAUAGUUGAGUUUUAAGUAGUAAAGAUGAUGGAUAUAAAAGGAAAUAUGAUGAAAAUGUUGUCUAAUGAGAUAAAACUACAUUUCUACGACUACAUCAAACCAUAUAUUAACUAAUAAUAUUCAAUCAAAGAGUCUAUGUAUAUUUAACGAAUGAAAAUUAGUAUUGUAAUUUACAUAAAUAUUAUUGCUAAUAAUAAUAAUAUUACUCCAUUCCAUGCUGAUUGGUUGUCUUUUAUCUCAUGCCAAAAAUACUCAUAUCAGAGCUAUCAUUACCAUCGUUUUUACCAGUGUCAACAUCAUUCAAAUCAAUUUUAUUAAUCUGUACUCUACACACAAUAUUUCAUUUAUUAGAGCAUGUACCGAAAGUAGACUGUGUUAAAGGUUGUGUAACAUUUGUUGCUGGUGAUGAUUACUCAAUGCGUCAAUCAAUAUGUGAUAAAUUGAAUACACACUUUCAAACUAUUCCCUUAAGUCUACCAAGUGAAGUAAUCAAGUUGACAGUGAAUCAUCAAGAUAUUAUCCAGCUGAAUGCUAGUCAAUUCAACCAUCUGCCAAAUCUGACAUUUUUAAAUUUAGAUUCAAAUAAAAUUAAAAUAAUUCAUCCAAAUACAUUUAAUAAUUUAAAUAAGUUGCAAACAUUAAGUUUACGAUAUAAUUUUUUAACAAUAUCUCAUGAAUCAUUCCAUCCAAAUGUGAUAAAUGGUCUGAUUGGCUUACAGCAUAUCAAUCUAUUACAUAAUCCUAUCGGGAAUGUACCAAAUCAUUUUUUUCUACCUAUUAGCAAGACACUACGUUCAAUUGUUCUAUCAGGUGGAUCGACAGACUUUCAGUUGAAUAAAGAAACUUUUUAUGGUCUAUGGAAAUUACAACUAUUAGAUUUAAGUAAUAACCACUUAGAAAGUUUACCUGAAAUCUAUGAAGGGAUAUUUAGUCAAAUGCAAUUACAAGAAUUAUAUCUUUAUGGUAAUCCAUGGAAAUGUGAUUGUCAUUUAAGAUGGUUAAAAGUAUGGUUUUUAAAAUAUGGUAAAAAGUUGAUUUAUUCAAAACCAAUCAAUGAUGCUGUCCUAUUACGUAAUAAUAUUGAUAUUGAAACAAAUAACUGGUUACUAAAUGGUAAUACUAAUAGUAAUAAUAAUGGUAAAUUGGAUUAUCACUUAAAUGAUGUAAAUACCUUAUUACAACCGAAAUGUGCAUCACCCAUUGAAUUACACGGACGUCCAUUAUUUAGUCAAAUCAACAAUGCUGGAGUACAAGCUGUGCAUAGUACUGACUUCUACUGUCCACCUGAAGUGUAUACACCUAAUCAACAAAUUCAGUUAAUUUUAGGAAAUAAUUCAACACUGUUAUGUAACUUUUUUGCUGAUCCAUCAGGUAUUGUUGUCUGGUAUAAAGAUGGGAUUAGAAUACAGAAUCAUUGGCCAAGAACUAUGAUAAAACAAAGUCAAGGUAAAAAAUUUCAAGCUGAAUUAACUAUUGAAAAUAUACAACCUUCUGAUGCUGGUACUUAUGUUUGCUAUUUGGAUACUGGUUAUGGUUAUGUGAAUACAACAUUCAAUGUUCAAGUUGACAGCAGUCGUGGUGGAGGUACAAGCCUAGUACAAGACACUUAUCAACAUCAUCAUGAUGGUGUAUUCUAUUGGAUAAGUAAAUUGGAUACAACUCUGAUAUUAAAGUAUACAGGAAUGAUUGCAACAUGUUUAAUUGUCUUAUUGCUAUUAAUGGGUUUAACAAUUUACUUUUUCAGUGGAAAACAUCUCUGUCGACCGAAAUUAGAUGUAAAUAAGCAAAGUCUUUCAAUUUAUGACGACAAAUCUGAUCACCAUCAUCAGCUUCAAAUGAAACAUGAUGGUUUAGAUGAAACAGAUACAUUUAAUAGUAGUAGUAUUACUGAAAAGAAUACAAUAAGUAAUUCCAGAAGUUCAUACACUCUACAUGGACAAAAUCUUAAACUAUGCACAUCAUUAGCCUCUUUAAGUGGUAAUAAAAUCUUGUUGGAUAAAUUAUCACCAACAUCAUUAUCCGCGUUAGACAGGGAUCAUAUUUAUCUACAUACUGAUGGGACUGGAAAUCAACUUAUCGAUGAGCAUAAUUUAUUAUCAUCCUCACAAAAAUCACAUCAUACUGAAUUUGAUAAUUAUGUAACAGUUCGCCUGUUGCCAACAGUUACACGUGGGGAUUUAUCAACAAUGCCUUGUCCUAUACAUAAUUAUGCAUUUCUUCAUCCGGUAUCAAGUAAUCCUGUGACAGUGACUGAUGCUCCUAAUGCCUCUGCUAACACCAAUCUGGAUGUGACUGUUGACGGAGUUAGUAGUGGUACCAGUAGAACUGUGCAACUUACGCCAGAUACUAAUCUCCUCUCUUUAUCCAAUAAUACAGAAUUGAAUUCUUUACAAAAUUCAAAUUUAAAAAUGCUCAAUACUACUGAGGAACAACAGUUACCCACGAAUAAUUUAAGCACUAGUAAACCUUGUUAUGAAACAGAUACUGCAAAUACUCAUGAGUUGAAUUCAUCUCUUUACACACCAUGUCCACUGCACGGGAAUUUAUACGCGACAUUACAAACAAAAGACAAAAGAUUAACCACUUCAGAGAUACGUAAACAUAUUGCCAGUGUACCACCUGGUUUAACUGGUUUGAACUAUGAAAAACAUUAUACAUUACCAAGUAGAAAGUUGAAAACAUUUUCACCCAGUAAUACAGCUUCCUAUUCAAUUUUCACUACUACUACUACUACCACUGUCACUAAUUCUCCUACUACUCCUCCUCUGAUUACAAGUGAUAAUAACAAUUGUGAUAAAUCAAGGACCAAUACUACUGGUAUUAUGAAUAACAGUAGUAAUACAUGUAAUUCUGCCAGUAUUUCAGUUAAACAUAAGUGAUAUUUUUCUUAUUUUAAUCCUUCACUUUCUCUUUCUGCUAUUUUUGUUUGUGUUUUGUAUAGCCGAUUCCUCUUAUUCAGCUGACUAAAUUGUCUAAACAGCUGUUAGUUCCACAGAAAAAAACAAAACUAACUGUUACUCAAUGACAAUUCAGAUAUGAUAAUGUGAGUGGAGCACAUAAACACAUACACACACAUAUAUACACAUACACCUUAUCUGAAUUUAUAUCACUAACACGGUGAGAAGUAAAUCAAACUCACCUAAAUGUGUAAAUGCAAUUGGAAUACGCGUGUAUACAACUAGUUAUAACUACUGUUCAUUAUAACAUCAUUCUAAUAUGGAAUUUAAAAAGACAGGCUUCUGAAAAUAUUAAAUAAAAUUGCUUAUCCGAUUUGUUGAGUCUGGGUUCAGUUCAAUGAAUUUAUUCAAAAUCUGAGAAGUAUUUUCAGUCAGUGGAUCAACCAGCACACACACAAGUUUCUCUUUUGAGUUUUUGGCAGUUUUGAUAGUCAUUCUACUAUUAGACGUAAUAUGAUGAAUAAACUUCAUGUGAUACCGUCAAGCUUUAUUUCAGAAGCAAUAAAGCGAAGACUAC